CCUCACCUCUUCGUUCUUGCUGCUUUCGUGCUUGACUGGAUAUGCUGCGCCUCAGUCAGAAAUGGUUCUGUUGGGGGCUACUCCUGUUUCGUGGGAGUGGGAGUGGAGCACGGCCAAUGCUUCGGGGUGUGCGCCUUCGCAUGUUGUGCCCUCCUUUUGGCUUUUAAUAACCCACAGCUGCUGGCAGUGCCGUCUGACUGUCUGUCUGUCUGUGUGGGUGGGAGGAGGAGGAGUGGCGGCCCGCAUUUUUGGUGGGGCUACCCAACGCAUCAUCCCCUGCCGCCUCGUUUCCCCCCAGCCAGACCCCAAAAUAAGCGGCCGUUUUCUGCUGCUGCGACUGCCAGGGAACGCUUCCACCGGAGCUGCGCAUGCGAGGCGUGCGCGUGUAUUAUUUUCGCAUCCUUUUUUGGCGACCGCUGUGUGGCCCGUCGGUGAACGCGCUGUAGACCACUCCUCAGAGAGGGCGAGGUGGCCAGCACUGGGGGAAUCUUGGGCGGCGCGACACGGAGAUUUUUUGGGAGCUUGGAACGAGCGCGGAAAGAUGCGUCUGCGUUGGGCGUCGGACUGCGCGACGCCUACUGCUGGGUGA